AUGUCACGUGUGACUUUGAGUCCGCCCUUAUCAACGCUGUGCUGGAGCAAUUUCCGACUGCGAACCUCGUUGGGUGCCUGUUCCACUGGAAACAGGCCCUCCGUCGGAAAAUGCUUGAGCUGCGGCUACCCGAAGACCAAAUCAAGGACGCUCUCAGCCCAGGGAAGCUCGACACUCACGGUUAUCCCGGAGGACCAAAUCGCUGAAAAGGGUGUGAGGUACGUGAGGAGUAUUGUCGGCGAGACCGGUUCGAAAACAAAAUGGAAUACUUUUUGGAAGUAUUUCCUCAAGACCUGGACGCAGCGAUUUGAUGUCACGACCUGGAACGUUCAUGAAAUGGUGCGGUGCGGUGUUGACAUUGUUAACCGCACCAACAAUCCGCUGGAAAAGUACAAUCGUGACUUCGCGUCGCGAGUGGGUACACACCCUAGCCUGCUUACCUUCAUUGAAGGCACCAAGCAAGAAGCAGCCCGCUAUCUCCAGCGCAUUGACGACAUCAAGAAGGGACUCCAGACGGCUCCGCAGCAUGCUCCGCCAGUAGUGCCAGGCAUCCCAGCUGGCUAUGCGGACUUUAAGUAG